AUGAUGAUAGGACCCAUGGAUGACAUGCUGGACGACAUGAUGUCGUCAGAUGAAGAAGAGGAAGAUCAAUUAGACUCAUCCUUAGACUUUGAUGAUGACGAUGAUCAUUCGUACAAUGAUUACGAUGAACCAACCUUUGGUUCUGAUGAAGAAGAGGAUUAUUCUACGGGUUGUUUGUCCACCAUUUGGGAAGACGAAGAGCCACCUGAGAAUGAGACUGUGAAUGGAACCAUUGAUACGAGCGGUCGCACCGGGAACGCUUUGUUGGCCUUUCAGAACAGCAAAAACAAUCUUUCCUUCCUCAAUGAUUCUGCAAACAGAGACUUGUGGAGAUCAAGCUCUAGUUUCACAUCCCCGGUUUCUACCAUGUGGGAAGAUGGGCUUAGUUUAGAAGGCUCUGAUAGAAGAGAGAAUAAACCCACGAGACGAUGGUCUUCAGAAAUGAGUUUUGGAAGUCUGAAUUCAGAUAAUAGUGGAAAUGCUGGAAAUGGAAAUGCAGCAAUGCGAAGAGGAAGUGGAGGCCAUAAUAGAAGAGGAAGCGGAGGCUUUAACAAUUAUGAAGCUGACAAUAAAGACGGUACUCCCAAAAUGUGUUAUCGGAGAAUGUCUAUGGGUGCCAGAUCUCAAUCUGAUUCCAGUCUCGGUUCGAACAAUACUAACAAUAGUAUUUCGGAACACAAAUCCAAUAUCACUGCUGACAAGAAGGAUGGAACCCCAAAAAUGUGUUAUCGAAGAAUGUCCAUGGGUGCUCGAUCCCAAUCUGACUCCAGUCUAGGUUCCAACAAUUCUGUGACCGAACACCGAUCCAACAUCACUUCCGACAGUAUGAAGGAUGGAGCUCCACAAAUGACUUUCAGACGCAUGUCCAUGGGCGCUCGAUCUCAAAGUGAUUCUAGUCUCGGUUCCAAUAACAGUGUGACCGAACACAAAUCCAAUACCACUGACAAAAUCAUGAAGAGUUUGAUGGAGGAGACGUAUGGUUGCGAAACCAGUGAUGCCUUGAUUGCGCAAAUGGUGAAUGCCUACUUUACAGGAGAAAAGGUUCAAAUGGUGGUCGAUUCGUUGGCCAACUCGAACAAAGAUGGAGAGCCUGAUGUUGGUAUCCUAGAAGUGACUCCAACUUCGAUGCGGCAAUCCCGAGGGGCCAGACCCCGUCUCAGUUUGGAUUCGUAUUUGGCCGCUACGCCGACACGUACCACAAGAAGCAACCAAUUGCCGCCCGGCAAACCACGCCGCCAAUUGUCGCCUAUUCGAAGACGCAGUAUGGAUUCCCUAGACAGUGGGGUGACUGGAGUUUCAGGUGAUUCGUUGUUGGAACGAAUUCAAACGAAACCCAAUGCCAAUGCCUUCAAUGCGGACGAGACCCCUGAAAAGAUUAAGGAUACGCCUCCCGUCAAUCCCACCGAUGCGGUUCGCAAACGACCACCCGGCAUACCCGUGAGGCAGCGGAGUCUCGCUUCCAUGAAUACCGAAGGCGAUGAUGAUGACAGUGAUGCUUCCAUCGAUGAUUCGUUUGGUGAUGAAUCCUCUGCUGGUGCAUCAACAGCAGGACCAACCUCCUUUCGAUUUUCCAAACGAGGGUCCCUUCUCAGUGCUUGUAGUAGUACAGGCACCAUGACAAUUGAAGAGGGUGAUGAAGAUGAUUGUAGCAGUAGUGAUGAUGAGACCUUGGACAGCAAUGCUGAAAGUGAGAGCGUGGGCCAUACUAUUCCACCACCGAGGCAAUACUUCGCCCCACUCAAGGGUGGCGGCGGUGGUGCGACUACUAGUAGUGUGGAAGAGAGUGUGGAGGAUAGUGAUCUGGAGGAUGACGAGGAUGAAAGUCUUCCAUCCAGACAAUACUUGGCGCCACUUAAGGGUGGGCCAACUGAUGAAAUAGAUGAUGGUGGUGUUGCUCCUCCAAGAGAGUACUUGGUGCCGCUGUCCAUGGGUCACCAAGAGCACGAAGAGGAGGACGAGGAGGAAGAAGAAAGAGAGUAUCUUGUGUCAACCAAGGGUGACGAACUGGAGGAAUCACCUGUAGUAGUGGAAGAGACUCAACCACAGCAGGACGAGGAUGUAGACUCGGAAGUGGACUCGGAAGGUCCAAUGGUGGUUGGACUCGAAGGAUUGAGUGAUCCAUCGACGAUUAUUCCCGAGAUUACAACGAUUUCACUCCCACCCGAAGACGAACGAGUGGAUGCCAAACUCAUCCUAGAAAAGCAUUUGCUCGAGGAACAAGCACCGCAAUCGCCACGCACUUUGGAACGAAAACGAUCCGGAAGUAGCCACAAACGCAAGAUCAAGUAUGACAUGGCGCGAUGUGCCAUCACCCCCAAGAUUGACAUGUUACUCUCUCCUGUGGGGACGCAUAGCAAUAAGAAUAAGGUGGCUCCCGAUUCCAUGACCUUUCCGCCAAGCGUCGUCGAAAAGUCCAACAUGAUGGAUAUCUCGGACAGAACACUCCCUCCAGCUCCAGAAGAACCAGAAGAUUCGGAUCCCAUUCUGAGUCCACUUCAAAAGAAGAUUCCUCGACGGACCAGCAGCAAUAGCAGCAACAAAGAUACCAUUGAUAAGCGGAUUCGCAUCCGAAGCAAGAUGCAACACGUCGAAGAUCGACUGGCUAAUAUUCGCAGCCUGAUGGAUGAACCUUCGUCGGAAGAGGACAUUGAAAAAGACUUUGAAUCUUCUUCGACUCAGUUGACCGAUGCAACGUCUGCCUAUCUUACUGAUGGGAGUUCGGAAAUGGAAAUGUUGGUCCCACUCUCCAUGAUGACCAAUUCUACGCAUAGCAGCCGCAGCCGAUCGAGACACGUCUCCAUGGCUGGAAUGGUUGACGAAACGGUACCCGGACCACCCAUGCGAUCGCCUCGAUCCCCCAACAGUCCACUGCAACAUCCUACCCCCUGUGGACCUACCAUUAUGGAAGAUGCUGCUACUACUUCUGGAUCUGGACCAUCGUCCCUGGUCAAAGAAUUUACUAGCAAUUCGGGACGCAAGGCAAGGACCGCACUCACCAAGGGAUUUCAACGAAGCAGACAACGGUUGCAAUCUUUGUUGCGGCCAAAUAGCAGUAGCCAUUCGGCGGCCGAGUCAUGGUCUGUCGGAUCAUCCUCUUCGAAUUCCUUUUCGGUGCAAUGA